GUACGGUGUUUUAAAAAGUGGAUCUAUAGCGCUUGAACAACGGCGUUUAUGGGUUUCGUUACAGAGGAAUGCCGCAUUGUUGUGCUCGUCAUUGAACACAACGAAACGAAGAGUCAUUAUUACUGUACGCUCGUGUGUUUGGGUUGCCAUUCCCCCUUUAAUGUUCCUCCCGCAUUCACGUAAAUGCAAGCUUGCAUGCGACAGCGUUCUGCAAUGUCGGCACGGAAAAGGAAGCUGGGCUCAGUGCGGGUGGUGGCUACAACCAUGAAAAGCAGCCAUGCACAGGACCCCCCAGGAGCUAAGACUGCAGCUCUGGUCAGCAGAUACUUCACAGGAGAGGAGAAGAACGGCUCUCGGCUGGGGGAGGAUUUCUUUAACCAGCCUGGUACCAGUCUGGCCAAAGCAUUUCUGGGAAAACUCAAUUGGCCUCUCCCGUUCGGGAGGUUAGAGAGGGGAGCAAUGAGAACCCUUGCUGCUAACUGUGGAACAGCAACGAUGGUGCUAGUGCGGAGACUCCCAGGCGGGAUGGAGCUGAGGGGCAGGGUGGUGGAGACGGAGGCUUAUUUGGGCGGGGAGGACAAGGCGUCCCAUUCCUCUGGAGGGAAGCGCACAGAAAGGAACACGGCCAUGUUCAUGAAGCCCGGGACCAUAUACGUCUACCAGAUCUACGGCAUCUACCAGUGCAUGAACAUUUCCAGCCGGGGUGAGCAGGCUUUCACAGAGCCAAACAGGGAUCCGCCAGUGACUGAGCCCCUGUAAUCCAGUGGGGGUGCUAGAUGGUUUAAAUGGUAACUCCAGACUUUUCACACCUGUAUAGGUAACAAUUUACAAGACACAGAGUCAUGAUUGCUGAUUGAAACAAUUCUAAUUCUAAUGAACACACGCACACACACUCUUAGAGCUGCCUGGAAAAGGAAACAUGAAAUAUCUUCAUUUACAGCAUAAAAACCUUCCAGAACAGCUUCAAGGAAAAAGCAGUCGUGUUUACUGCAUUCUCCACGACUACAUUUCCUCAUUAGGGCUUUUGCGUAGCAGGUACCAUGUUAAAAGCCUGCUCUUGUUAAGUGUCUGUUUGUAUUGGGGGUGUUCCAUCAC